GUCAAACACGUGAGGCUGAUUCUGCGUUUAACGGUACACUAUAAACACUGUAUACACUGUGUACACUAUAUACACAACCAGAAUCUUAACAAUUGGUAGCCUACAUGAACUAGUGGACACUUCAGAGUUGUGAGUUGGUGAGCAACACCUUGAACAAUUUUCAAAGAUGAGUGCUGGGAACACUCUUGACGAUGAAAACACUUUUAAAAUCUUGAUCGCAACUGACAUUCAUCUUGGCUAUUUGGAGAAGGAUGCAAUAAGAGGAAACGACACUUUUGUAACUUUUGAAGAAAUAUUAAGACACGCAGAGGAAAAUGAGGUCGAUUUUAUAUUGCUGGGUGGCGACCUCUUCCAUGACAACAAACCAUCUCGUAAAACCAUGCACACCUGCAUUCAGCUACUGAGAAAAUACUGCAUGGGUGACCGUCCAAUACAGUUUGAAAUCUUAAGCGACCAGUCAGUUAAUUUCAGUUUUAGCAAGUUUCCCUGGGUUAACUAUCAGGAUGGAAAUUUAAACAUUUCCAUUCCUGUUUUUAGUAUUCAUGGUAACCACGAUGAUCCUACAGGGGCAGAUGCGCUGUGUGCAUUGGAUCUUUUGAGUUGUGCGGGAUUAAUAAAUCAUUUUGGUCAGUCAAUGUCCUUAGAGAAGAUUGACAUCAGUCCAGUUCUGAUCCAGAAAGGAAAUUCAAAGCUGGCACUUUAUGGAUUGGGAUCAAUUCCAGAUGAGCGUCUGUAUCGUAUGUUUGUCGAUAAAAAGGUUACUACACUUAGACCAAAGGAAGAUGAAGACAGUUGGUUUAACAUAUUUGUUAUUCAUCAAAACAGGAGCAAACAUGGAGCGACCAAUUACAUUCCUGAGCAGUUUUUGGAUGACUUCCUUGACCUAGUAAUUUGGGGUCAUGAACAUGAGUGUAAAAUAACUCCCAUAAGCAAUGAACAGCAGCUUUUUUACGUCUGUCAGCCAGGCAGCUCUGUUGUCACGUCUCUUUCUCCAGGAGAAGCCAUAAAAAAACAUAUAGGGUUGCUACAAAUCAAAGGAAAGAAAAUGAGAAUGCAGAAGAUUCCUUUAAAAACAGUUCGACAAUUUCAUAUUGAGGACAUCAUUCUUAGAGAUCACUCAGCCAUUUUCAACCCAGAAGAUCCCAAAGUCACACAGAAAAUAGAGGCCUUCUGUGCAGAAAAGGUAGAGGCAUUGCUGGAUCUUGCUGAAAGAGAGCAUCUUGGAAAUCCAGGCCAACCGGAAAAACCUCUCAUAAGGCUAAGAGUGGAUUACAGUGGAUUUGAACCGUUUGGCAUGCUUCGAUUCAGCCAGAGAUUUGUAGAACGAGUUGCCAACCCUAAGGAUCUUAUUCACUUUUUGAGGCAAAAGGAGCAAAAAGACAAAAAAGAUGACCAAAAGAUUAAUUUUGAGAAAUGUACUAUCAGGUCUGCUUCAGAAGGGUUCACUUUAAGAGUCGAAGACCUAGUGAAGCAGUAUUUUGAGACUGCAGAGAAAAGUAUCCAGUUGUCACUGUUGACUGAACGAGGGAUGGGAGAAGCUGUGCAAGAGUUUGUUGAUAAAGAAGAGAAGGACGCCAUUGAUGAACUGGUAAAAUUUCAAUUGGAAAAGACACAGCGUUUUCUUAAAGAACGUCGCAUCGAAGGCAUUGAAGACAAGAUUGAUGAAGAAGUUCGACAUUUCCGUGACAGUCGGAAAAAAAAUGAGGCAGACGAAGAUGCAGAUGUUCGUGAGGCAAUGAAGAGAGCCAGGGCCCAUAGGACUGAAGGAAAAGAGAUCUCAACACGGAUUAGUGAUGAUGAUGAUGAUCUGACCAUUACUUCUGAAAAGGAUGAAGAUGCAGAUGAAAUCCCAAUGGCUUUUACCAAUAAAGGGCAUGCAAGAGGUCGUGGAAGGGGCAGCAGAGGCCAGAGCUCCUCCACAGAAAGAGGAGGGUCCAGAAGAGGAAGCAGGGGCAAUAGCAGAGAAACUGGCAAGGAAACAAGAGUCCCAAGUGGCAGCAGGUCAUACAAGCCUCCAGUAGUUACUACCACAAAGAACAAGUCAAUAAUUGACGCCUUUAAACCCUCCAACCAACGUCCUACACGAACAUUGAAUCAAAGUAAUUACACUGAGAUUAUAAGUACAGAUGAUGAUUCUGAUUUAGAGGAUGUUAGUUCAUCCAGUGCUUCAAAGACAAAGCAAAGGGGCUCAAGCAUGUCAGAAUCGUUCAGUAAAAGAGGUUCACAAAGCCUGGCAGCUAAAGGAGUAACUUUUUAUGACGACGACGAAGAGGGUGAAGAUGACCCCUUCAAGAAUUCUACAAGUUCAAGGCAAAACAGAAGAUGACUUACCAAAAGUAUAUAUGUGACCUUUAGGUGAUGUUUUAAAGAACAAUGUGGGACAUAUUCCUAAAGUGCACCUCCAUGCUUAUUUUCUCAUCUUAUUUCAAAAUACAUGUUGUGCUUCAUAUUUCUCUGUAGAAUUGUUUUUUUUAUUGUUGCAGAUUUUGAAACUUAAGAUAAGUAAACAUUAGAUCAAUAGCAAUGUAAUGUUUGUUUUUGUUUUAAUCAUUAACUUGAGGAAGAUCCUUUUGAAUCUACAAAGUAAAGUCCAAUGCAACAGUCUAAUGAUUAAACAUGUUUGAAUUGUAUACUUGUUAACAAAGUAUUGUAAUUAUGUUUAUGAAGAAAAAAUCUGAGUGAGGCAAUUAAUGAACAAGUCAAACAAAAUAUGAUUAAGUUUCUUUAAAAAAUCCUAUUAAAUUAAAGGUGUGGACUGUUUUUCUUCAA